AUGAUUCAACUAAAGACGAUGCUCAACUGUAUCGACAACUCGGGCGCCGCCCUCGUCGAAUGCGCCCUGGUGGUCGGUCAGAAGCGGCAUGCCCGCAUAGGCGACCGCAUCGUCGUCGUCGUUCAGGAACAAAGAGGCGCCUCGUCGUCUGGGAUGGCGGGCAUCUCGGCCGCCGCCAAGGUCAAGCGCGGCGACAUUCGACACGCGGUUGUAGUGCGAACCAAAUAUCCUACCCAGAGGCGUGACGGAUCCGUGGUCCGCUUCGAUGACAAUGCGUGCGUUUUGCUCAACAAGUCCGGGGAUCCCGUGGGAUCACGCAUCAAUGGCGUCGUUGGCGCAGAGUUGAAGAGGAAGAAGUGGAGCAAGAUCUUGUCUAUGGCGCCUAUGCAGGCGUAG